AAUUUCGCAUCCUCCUUUCCGCUCUGCUGCCAUCCCUUCCCGCUCCCAGACCUCCGCCGUGCCUCGCCCUCGCUGCACGAUCCGCGAGGUAGCUCCGGAACGCAAUUGCACUUUGCAUCGUUUGGGAGAAUUCGCUGCGUUGAGCCAGUCGCUAGCAUGGCGGAUACCAAGGUCUACCGGGCCAGCACAACGGCGCCCGUCAACAUCGCCGUUGUCAAGUACUGGGGCAAACGCGAUCCCAAGCUCAACCUCCCGACCAACAGCUCCCUCUCCGUCACGCUCUCCCAGGCCGACUUGCGGACUUUGACUACGGCCUCGUGUGCGACAUCGUUUGCCGGCGACAGCCUCAUGCUCAAUGGCGAGCAGUCCGACAUCUCGGGUGCCCGUACGCAGGCCUGCUUCCGCGAGCUGCGCGCGCGCCGGGCCGCCCUCGAGGCCGCCAAUACCUCGCUGCCCAAGCUCUCGACCAUGGGCCUCAAGCUCGUCUCCGAGAACAACUUCCCCACCGCCGCGGGCCUCGCCUCCUCGGCGGCUGGCUUCGCCGCGUUGGUGCAGGCCAUUGCCAACCUAUACGAGCUGCCCGACACGCCUGCACAGCUGUCCAUAGUCGCGCGGCAGGGUUCUGGGUCGGCCUGCAGGAGCCUGUUCGGCGGCUACGUCGCGUGGCGCAUGGGCGACAAGGAGGACGGCAGCGACUCCAUGGCCGACCUCGUCGCCCCGGCGUCGCACUGGCCGAACAUGCGGGCGCUGAUCCUCGUCGUCAGCGCGGCCAAGAAGGGCGUCUCGUCCACCUCUGGCAUGCAGCAGACGGUGGCCACCUCGGGCCUCUUCCAGCAGCGGAUAGCCAACAUUGUGCCCGCCAACAUGACCGCCAUGGAGCAUGCCGUCAAGACCCGCGACUUUGCCAAGUUCGCCGAGGUGACGAUGCGCGAGAGUAACUCGUUCCACGCGUGCUGCGCCGACACGUACCCGCCCAUCUUUUACAUGAACGACAUCUCCAAGGCGGCCAUUCGCGCCGUCGAGAGCAUCAAUGCCAAGGCCGGCAAGACCAUCGCCGCGUACACGUUUGACGCAGGGCCGAACUGCGUGGUCUACUACCUCGACGAGGAGGCGCCGACUGUGCUGGGGGCGUUCUCGGGCGUGUUGGGAGGUGUUACGGGCUGGAAGGAGGGCUCGGCCGGCGUCAAGUCCAGCGUGAGGCUGGAGGAUGGCAUCGCCAGCGUGCUCAAGGACGGCGUGAGCAGGGUAAUUAUGACGAGUGUGGGCGAAGGCCCCCUCAGAACUGAGGAAUACUUGGUGGACGAGAACGGCCAGCCUGCGAAGAGGUAAUUAGUUGACUGGCGUGCAACUACGUCAAUCAACGAGCGCAUAUACUAUUACGCAAUUAAUUUCGCAAGCAUGUGCAUUGGUG